UACUAUAUUUUGAAUGCAGUUAUGAAACUAACGUCUUCAUGGUCUUUAUGUUCUCUUUGUCAGAUUACUGACUACAAUCAGGACAGAAGUCAUGCUGACAGUUCUUCUGAUCGCUGUUAUGAUUGGUCAAGGCCUGUCAUGGAACGAAAUGGGGAUGAAAUUCAUCACACUCUUCCCAGAGAACAUUGCCUUCUACUAUCCAGUAGAUCCAGUCAACUCUCUUAAUAUCACCGCUGUCGUCGAGAAAGCCACAGUGACGGUCACUGUCCAAGACAGCAGCUGGUCAUACACGACAUCACUGACGCCUGGAAAAACCCAAAACAUCGCCCUUCCAGCGGAAGUGGAGGAAUACAGAUUCGGUCUAACUUCACGCACCGUCACAAUCACCAGCAGUGAUUACAUUGUGGUGCAGUCGAUCAGUCAGCGAGGGGAUAGUGUGCAAACUAAUGUCGUUCAGCCUCAGAAAAACACUGGAACUUAUUUUAACCUCCCCCCUCUGAAUUACACCCAGAUGAUUAGCACUUUCCUUCCGUCGAUGAGCAACGUCAGCAAGCGGUACAGCUCCUUCAGACUGGUUAUUAUUAACGCAGAUUUGGGUACUGGUUCUUUCAAGAUCCAAAAAACGACCACAACACUGAAUUACAUAAUUGGAAAUGGUGACGCUCUUCAGCUCCAGAUGGACGGGACAGAAAUCUCAGUUUCUUCUAACGUUUUAGCGCUCGUGAUGUUGACCCAUCCUUGCGUCGAAACGGCAGAAUGCAGAUGCAACAUGAUGUUAAACCAAGUUAUUCCAAAAAGUCAGUUUGAUAGUGUGUUUGUUGUACCCUCAAUAGCCAGUAUAAGCAACGCUUGGCUCCAUGUGACAUCCGGGCUGACCAAUACUUCCAAUUCACUGCCAACUUUACAGUCAAACCCCUUGUUCGUCAACACCACUGCUCUUGCGUCCCUCAAGCUCAUCGGUCCAGGCUUCAUCAUUGAAACCAUCCCUUAUUUCAAAUUUUCCGCUUGCUAUCUAGUGCACGUUACCUCAGACGAAGCUCAGGCCCUUGUGAUUGCAGAGACAGAAUCCAGGAAUAGUGUGUAUGUGGAUGGGGAUCUGCUUUCAUCCACUCAAUGGAGCGACAUCGCUGAUUCCCAGUACUCAUGGGUUUUGGUGCCUUUAGAUGACACGCAUGUUAUUUGGCAUCCAUCCACACUGAUCGCUGUGUUUGUGUUUGAGAAGAGCACCAAUAUAUAUGAAGGCUCAGCCAUAUGUUUGAGCGCAAAGCCAGAUCCUCUAGGCUGUGCGAUGUUUCCUUCAAGAUUUAAAAUCGUCUCUACACAUCAAACCUGGCCUGAAUCCCAUCAAAACUGUUUGGAUGUAAGUGAUGAACUUUUCACUCCAAGCAACAAAGCGGCCCAUGUGGAGAUGGUCAACUUUCUGAACGGUGAAGAUGUAAAGGACUCAUUGUGGAUCGGAUUGCGGCGCAGUUUGCUGACAUUAGACUGGUACCGGCAGAUGGGUAAAAUUGAACAUGAGCUGGUUUACACACAGUGGGGCAGAGGGGAGCCUCGGGAUCCCGUGGAGGGAAUGUGUGUUUCACUUUUCCCAAACUCAAGCAUGGGUUUCCAGUGGGAAAACAUGCAGUGUUGUAGUCUGCUCAAGUCUCUCUGCUAUACAAGGGCCACGUACUUCCCUCUGUACUUUUCUAUCUCAGAUAGCAGCUUGUCAGCUAAUAGUAGUAAUAAUAAUGAUCAUCAAAGUGAUGGCAAAAAAUAGACAUAUAAGGAGAUUUUGGUUUAUUUACAUUUUACACUGAUAAAUGCUGUAUUAAUACUAUUAUAUAAACUUAAAGGUAGUUCACGCAAAACAGAAUAUUCUCUCAUCAUUUACUCGCCCUUUAUGCACUUCAA